CACCACCAACCAUUUUCUAGAAGCUUCCACUUUUACAUACAUACUCUCCUCUCCUCCUUCCUUCUUCUUCGGGCUUAUCUUCAUUUCCUCCUCCACCUAACUCUCCUUCAUUUCCUCCUUAGGGUUUCAAUCUCAUGGCUUCCUCCGCCGCACAAUUCCACAUCCUCGGCGGAAUCGGAUUCCCUACUGCGUCUUCCUCCAACAAAAUCCUCGAUGGUACUAAAACCAAUUCCACUCCACGAAGCGUCUUCUUCGGAAACAGAACCAAUCCUUUCUCUACUCCAAACUCCGCCUUCCUCCGUAUGGGACGAAGAAACGCCGGCGGAGCUUCCAGAUACUCGGUUGGUCCAGUCCGCGUGGUUAACGAGAAAGUAGUCGGAAUCGAUUUAGGUACGACGAACUCAGCCGUAGCUGCCAUGGAAGGAGGUAAACCGACGAUUAUCACUAACUCUGAAGGUCAGAGAACAACGCCUUCCGUUGUGGCUUACACUAAGAACCAAGAUAGACUUGUUGGUCAGAUUGCUAAGCGUCAAGCUGUUGUUAAUCCGGAGAACACUUAUUCAUCUAUGAAGAGGUUCUUAGGUACGAAAAUGAAUGAGGUUGGUGAAGAGGCUAAGCAGGUUUCGUAUAGAGUUGUUAAAGAUGAUAAUGGCAAUGUUAAGAUUGAUUGUCCUGCUACUGGUCAACAGUUCGCUCCUGAGGAGAUCUCUGCUCAGGUUUUGAGGAAGCUUGUGGAUGAUGCUUCGAGGUUUUUGAAUGAUAAAGUAACUAAAGCUGUUAUCACUGUGCCUGCUUACUUUAAUGAUUCACAAAGGACGGCUACUAAAGAUGCUGGGCGUAUUGCUGGAUUGGAAGUUCUUCGUAUUAUCAAUGAGCCUACUGCUGCUUCUUUGGCUUAUGGCUUUGAGAAGAAAAGCAAUGAAACUAUUCUAGUCUUUGAUCUUGGUGGUGGUACUUUUGAUGUCUCAGUCCUUGAGGUUGGUGAUGGUGUUUUUGAAGUGCUUUCUACUUCUGGUGAUACACAUUUGGGAGGUGAUGACUUUGACAAGAGAGUUGUUGAUUGGCUUGCUUCAACUUUCAAGAAAGAUGAAGGCAUAGACCUUACCAAAGACAAGCAAGCACUUCAGAGGUUAACUGAGGCAGCUGAAAAAGCUAAAAUUGAGCUUUCCUCACUGACUCAGACUAACAUGAGUUUGCCUUUUAUCACUGCUACGGCUGAUGGUCCUAAGCACAUUGAAACCACUCUCACCCGAGCCAAGUUUGAAGAAUUGUGCUCCGACUUACUGGACAGGGUAAGGAAACCGGUGGAGAAUUCCCUGAGGGAUGCGAAGCUCAGCUUCAACGAUAUUAAUGAGGUGAUUCUUGUUGGUGGAUCCACGCGUAUUCCUGCUGUUCAAGAACUCGUAAGGAAACUGACAGGGAAAGAACCCAAUGUGUCAGUCAAUCCUGAUGAAGUAGUAGCUCAAGGUGCUGCAGUUCAGGCUGGUGUUCUAUCUGGAGAUGUGAGGGACAUUGUUCUUCUUGAUGUGGCGCCACUGUCGCUUGGUUUGGAAACUCUUGGUGGUGUCAUGACCAAGAUCAUUCCAAGAAACACCACACUUCCAACUUCUAAAUCAGAAGUCUUCUCAACUGCUGCAGAUGGACAGACAAGUGUUGAGAUUAAUGUGUUACAGGGUGAGAGAGAGUUCGUAAGAGAUAACAAGUCUAUUGGUAGCUUCCGUCUUGAUGGUAUCCCGCCUGCACCACGUGGAGUUCCACAAAUCGAGGUCAAAUUUGAUAUUGAUGCCAAUGGAAUUCUAUCUGUCAGCGCCUCCGACAAAGGCACAGGAAAGAAGCAGGACAUCACCAUUACUGGUGCUAGUACCUUGCCAAAGGAUGAGGUAGACACAAUGGUGCAAGAAGCAGAGAGGUUUGCCAAGGAAGACAAAGAAAAGAGAGAUGCGAUCGACACAAAGAACCAGGCUGAUUCCAUCGUGUACCAAACAGAGAAGCAGCUGAAGGAACUUGGAGAGAAAAUUCCAGGUCCAGUGAAAGAAAAGGUCGAGGCUAAGCUCCAAGAGCUGAAGGAGAAAAUAGCAAGUGAAUCAACCCAAGAAAUCAAAGACACCAUGGCAGCUCUUAACCAAGAAGUGAUGCAGAUUGGCCAGUCUCUGUACAACCAACCCCAAUCAGGAGGUGCUGGUUCUCCUCCUGGAGGUGAAGCGUCCUCGGCAUCUGACUCAUCAUCAUCUUCAACCAAAGGUGGAGACAAUAAUGCUGAUGUGAUCGACGCUGACUUCACUGACAGCAACUAAAUACACAAUUCGGAUUCAUACGAGUAUUAUUCUUGGGGUUUGUCCAUGAUUUUGUAGGAAGGAUAAUUUGAUAUGUUGGCAGCAAAUGAAUGGUAAGAGUCAAAUUUUGCCUUUUAAAACACACAAGUGAAGCAAUAUUCUGGAGCACAAAUUGUCCUUAGAAGCAGUGUUUUUUCAAAACUCUCAUAGCCUUUCACAGAGUAGUUUAGACGUUCCUCUGCAGUUAUCAAGCAGGCGCAGGUCAUUAGGACGAAGCAGGAGAUGAGAUCAAAAGGAGGCAGCAUCGAAGCCUGAUGGCGCAGAGUAAACCCGAAGAAGAGGAA